AGCUACCUAGAAGACUCACCUGCAGGAAACUACCAAGCUAGCCAUGAAGUACCCACUCCUUUUAUUGGGCAGCCUGAGUUUGGCUCACGGCUUGGCUCUCUACGCCACCACAUAUCCUUUCGUCUACACCGCUCAAGGAUCUGCUGUAUUUACGCCCACCCAGAGGCAAUACUUUGCCCAAGAUCAGGCCGGACAAUACUCUUAUGGGUAUUCGGAGCCAUUGUCCAGUAAACAGGAGACACGCACCCUUGACGGCACCACCAUUGGCUCCUACAGAUAUCGGGAUGCGCUGGGUAAGCUCCAGACCGUCGAGUACGUGGCCGAUGGUGAUGGCUUCCAUGUGGCAGCCACCAACUUGCCAAAGGCUGUAGUUCCCCAGGAACAGGCCGGCAUCUCUCCAAGAAGUUCCUCCACUCCAGUGGAGCAGCACUCAGAUGUCAGCUCUGGCCGAAGUGUCUCCCACGGCGUUGUCCAUCCUGUGGAACACCCUGUGGUGGUCUCACACCCCGUUGUUGCCCAUCCAGUUGUCCAGCAUCCGGUAGAUGUGUCCCAUCACUCGACUGUGGUUAAGGGGGGCAGGAGUGCCCAGCCCGAGGAGCACCAUCAGGCGGAGAAUCACAAAAACAUUGUUCCCGGUUCCGUUGAAGAAGCUUUGAUCCACAAAGCUGAAUACGUAGAGAAGAAGUACCAGCAAGGAUUGGAGGGAAGUACUGUAGCUCGCAGCCACCACGUAGUCGUUCCAGCCCAUGUCUAUGGCUACCCCGUUCCACGCUACUACGCCCCAGGAGUCUAUUUCUGA